AUGCGAAUUUGCGAGGAUAUCAACGAACGGAAGACAUUUAUGCAAAAAUACGGCAUCCGUGUCAAUUAUCCAUUUUAUAAUUUGUCAAAUUUCGAGAUGGAAUUGAACACCAAAACUAUGGAAGAGCUCAAAGUGUACAAAAAGAAAGUUCAAGAAGUUCAUUCGGAUGUAAUGCGUGCUCAAUUGAUGGGAUUCGAUGAUGAUAUAUGUGUUGCUUAUUGGGAUUGCAUUGGAUUGGGACAACGUUUGAAAUUUCUAUGGGAUGAUAUGAUCGAAGCAAUCUCGAAUCUGAAGAAAAGAACUCAUGUGCAAGUUGUUCCGAACGAAACAAAAUAA